GUGCAACGGGGGCUCAUUAUCACCGGGAGGAGCUGCGGUCCGGUCAGGUUUAGAGGAGCGCUACGGGUGUAAGGGGACAACUUUUAGGAGAGGAUCAAUACUUCACGUCACCAGUCGUUCGAUUAACGAAGUUAUAAACAAGAGGUGUUUGAAGAAAGAACAAAACAACCUUAUCUCCCGACCUGAGGAUGAUUUAUGGUAAUUCUGGAACAAUCCUGAGGACUCCGUACAGUAAACAGCCGCCUGUCGCGCCGUCGCAGCCCACGGCCCUGCCCACGGCCCCGCCCAUGGCCCCGCCCACGGCCCCGCCCACGGCCCCGCCCACGGCCCCGCCCAGCCCAAACAGCAGCAGCAGCACAGCGGGCUGGGAGACCCUCAGCCAGACCAACCUGUACCUCCGGGGGCUGACCCCCACCACCAGCGACUACGACCUGGUCCAGCUGUGUGGGCCGUACGGGAAGAUCGUAUCUACCAAAGCCAUCCUGGACAAGACGACCAACAAAUGUAAAGGUUACGGCUUCGUGGACUUCGACAGCCCGGCGGCGGCGCAGCAGGCAGUGGCGGCGCUGAAGAGCAACGGAGUCCAGGCUCAGAUGGCCAAGCAACAGGAGCAGGACCCCACCAACCUGUACCUGUCCAACCUGCCGCUGAGCGUGGACGAGCAGCAGCUGGAGGCUCUGCUGAAGGCCUUCGGUCCGGUGGUCUCCACCCGCGUGCUGCGGGACCCCUCUGGGGCCAGCAGGGGGGUGGGCUUCGCCAGGAUGGAAUCGAAGGAGAAGUGUGAGGCCAUCAUCGCUCACUUCAACGGGAAGUUCAUGAAGACCCCGCCCGGAGUGCCCGCUCCCCUGCAGCCCCUGCUGUGUAAGUUUGCAGACGGAGGCCAGAAGAAGAGGCAGAGCCACAACAAGUUUGUUCCCAGCGAGCGUGGCUGGCUGAGGGAGGGGGAGCGGCUGGCUGGGAUGACGCUGACCUAUGACCCCACGGCAGCCAUGCAGAACGGGUUGUAUGCGUCUCCAUACGGGCUGGCCAGCAGGAUGAUGGGCCUGGCUCUCUCUCCGUACGUCUCCACCGUCUCCCCCUACCAGGUGCAGAGCCCGUGGGUGCAGCACCAGCCCUACAUCAUGCAGCACCCAGGUGCGGUGCUGUCUCCCUCCAUGGAGCCCGCCCCCAUGCUCCCGCUCUCCCAGGGGAUGGGACACCUGUCACUCAGCAGCACGGGGCCGUUCCUGGCAGCAGGCAGCGGUCUGCAGGGAGCCUACCUCUCCCAGUACGCCCAAAUGCAGAGCACAGCACUUCCUGUGGAGGUGAGGGGAGGAAACCAGUACUAACCUGACCGGACUGUUACUGGACAACGGCGCUCAGUCCCAGAUGGAUACGUCUGGGAACCGUUCUCCCUACUUUUACCAGCAGAACAAGUAGUGUGGAGGUCACGUUCUAGUGCAGAGGUCACGUUCUAGUGCAGAGGUCACACUGGUGCGGAGGUCAGAGGUCACACUAGUGCAGACCGCUAAAGCAAUCAUGGCUUCCUGAAACAAUAAUGCAAAGGACUCUUAAGGAUUUUUUCACCAUUUUGCACAAAUUUUGGAAUUCAUUUCUUUGUGUUUAUAUUUAGAAUACAAUACCCUAUUUUUGUUAUAAAAUUUUAUUUUGAUAAGGACAUUUAUUUAAAAAAAGAUUUCCUCAGGAUCGGAGUGUCUGGACACCAGACCUGGUGAACUGCAUCAUGGGAAAUGUGUAUUUUGUUUGUAGUUUUGCGAUUUAUUUUCCUCCAUUUGUUCAAGCUUUGCUCAGAAGACUUUGCUCAACUUCCUCUAAAGAUGACUUGUUUGCUGUGUUUUGCUGGUGAAGAGUUCAAUGUGCUCUUCUUUGUAGCGGACGUGUUUCAUUCUCACCACUGAUCCUGGAACACUUUGCCUUAAUAGUUUCCUCCUUCUAGUUUUAGACAAGAGAAUUGAAUGCAAUGUAUCUCAUUGUGCUUUUGAACGGAUGUGUAUUAGAAUGAUAAAGGUGUGAAUAGUUUUUUUAACCUUUGCUGAGGGUGUUGCAGAGCUGUUCACUGGGUGUGUGGGCUCGGGGCGAGGUGGGUGUUCUUCUGUCUUUUGGUUGAUGUCCUGUCAUUUAGACCAUGUGUGUAUUUGUUUUGCUUUGAUUUGAAAUGCAAACAAUUAAGUCAACUUUACUUCACUAAAGACGAAGUGGACCUGAGGGGACAUUUGUUUGGAGACCAGGAAUCGACUCCCUGGGCCUAGACUAGAAGUUUGGACAAUGUGCCUUUUUUGUACAUUUGCAUUUGUAUCGUACAGGAAGGCUUGGAUCCCAGUGCCACAUAUGACGUCUUCACUACAUACAAACAGUUAAACGGGAAAAAUGUCAGAUAGUUGAUGGUAGAGUUCCGGUAGUUCAGAACUCUGACCUCACAGCGAGUGGCUGGCCACCGUGGCCCCCUGCUGUUGGGUUCGUGGUUCUGCUCUGAUCAGACGGGAGCAGGCUCUGCAGCACCGCCUGUGUUCUACCUCAGUUCUCCUGUUCCUCCUCCUGAGGUUUGGGUUAUGAAUCCUUCCCUUCUCAGAACCCUCCCGCGUGAUGCCGUAGGGGGGAGUAUGUCCUCCCGCGUGAUGCCGUAGGGGGGAGGAUGUAAGAGGAGGUUUUUAUCAGAUCUGUACAGACUUCGUUUGAAGUUCAAGUUUUUUUUUAAGACGAAGCGUGAAAACAGAGACCCGUGGUACAUCCUGGAGCUCCGGCUCCCUGUCCGCCCCCAACAUCUCGCAGAACCCAGGAACCGGCCGCAGAACCGGCCGGGAGCGGGAGCUGCUCCUAGAGGAGGAGCAACGAGUCGGGGGUGGAGCUAGAGGAGGAGCAACGAGUCGGGGGUGGAGCUAGAGGAGGAGCAACGAGUCGGGGGUGGAGCGGUGUGGAGACCAUGAGGGACUGAAUGAAAAGUACUCCUCUCAGUUACCAUCAUGUCAUUAAGUUAUAUUAAGAAGUAAUAAUUUAUGAAGAGUUUUGUACAGUCCGUUUGAGGAAUUAAAAGAGAUUCAUAGAAAUAUCUAUACGAAAGCUAUUUGUUUUAACGUGCCACUAAUUUGCCAGUGGUCACUUGUUUGGUCUCCAAUGGGUCGUUCCUCAAGCCAAAGACUUUAUGCUGGAUGAUCCCUUAGCUUUACCUUCUGUCCAUUUCUUUGACAUUUUUGUAAUAAAAACAUGAAAGCGUCCAGCGUGUGAAUGUU